AUGGCCACCUUAUUUCCAGAGUCUCUCUUGAAAAAAGGACUGAAUGAGUUGAUCUCCGCCCAUGAUGGGACAGAUUCGUUUGGGGAACUUACUCCGCUGGGAGCACCCAGUGACGAGCGGCGAUUCUGGUUCCAACGUGCGAAAGAAUAUAACUCAGAAGCGAUCGCAACCCAGCCAUCAGUGUUUGACAACCCCGAUACGGCAAAAGAAUAUCAGCCCCGAGCCGAUUGGGAGAAUUUGCACCGAUUUGACCCUUCUGCACGAUGGACUUGGGGUGAGGAGUAUCAAUUGAUUCGCAAAAUUGACCUUCGGAUUAUGGUCUUUGCUUGCUUUAUGUUCGCGGCUCUGGAGCUUGAUCGAUCCAACCUCCAGCAGGCUCUGACUGACAAUUUUCUAAACGACCUUGGCAUGAACACGAAUGACUACAACCUUGGAAAUACCGUUUUCCGUCUCUCGUUUCUUUGUGCUGAAUUGCCCUCGCAACUUGUCAGUAAAUGGGUUGGGCCAGAUAGAUGGAUCCCCACACAGAUGGUCCUCUGGUCGGCUGUGGCUAUGAGCCAAUAUGGCAUGCAAGGGAAGAACACCUUCCUAGUCUGUCGUGCACUCCUUGGUAUCUUACAAGGUGGUUUUAUUCCUGAUGUGAUUCUAUAUCUGUCGUAUUUCUACAAGCACCAUGAGCUCUCGCUUCGAUUGGGAUUCUUCUGGACUGCAAUGAACAUUACAGAUAUCAUUGCAAGCUUCUUGGCUUUUGGACUAUUGCACUUGCGUGGCGUUCAAGGACAAUCAGGCUGGCGCUGGCUAUUUUUGCUCGAGGGUCUUACCACUCUCUUGAUGGGUCUCUCAGCUUAUGUUCUUAUGCCCCCUGGACCGUGUCAAACAGCCAAUUGCUCGCGAGGCAAGUCUGGGUGGUUCAGUCCACGAGAGGAGACGGUCAUGGUCAAUAGGGUUAUUCGGGAUGAUCCUAGCAAAGGCACAAUGCAUAACAGAGAGCCCAUUACACCCAAGCUUCUCUGGAAAAGCCUCUGCGAUUUCGAUCUUUGGCCCUUAUAUAUCAUCGGGCUCACAUUCGAAACCCCUAUGACAACUCCAAAGCAAUAUCUAACUCUCACCCUCAGAGACCUGGGCUUCAACACAUUCGUCACAAAUCUGCUGACAAUUCCAAGUACGGUUAUAUCCAUCAUCACGAUGCUGGCGAUCACCUAUUUAUCGGAGGUUACCGGUCAACUCUCAUGGGUAUCGAUCAUUGGACAAGUAUGGACUUUUCCGUUCGUGGUCUAUCUAUAUGUGGUCGAUGUGAACACGGCCAACAAAUGGGCCGUUUGGGUGGUGAUGACAUUGCUCCUCGGAUUUCCAAACUCACAUGCAAUUCAAGUUGGCUGGAACUCUCGCAAUUCCAACACCGUCCGAUCUCGGACGGUCUCAGCUGCCAUGUACAAUAUGUGCGUUCAGGCCUCGGCAAUCAUUUCCUCGAAUAUUUAUCGGGCUGAUGAUUCUCCUCGCUACCGACGCGGCAAUCGCGUCUUGGUGAGUCUGGUGGUUGCGAAUAUUUUCAUCUACACCCUGACCAAGAUAUACUAUGUCUGGCGGAAUGCGAGCCGCGACAGGAAGUGGAACGCAAUGACAGAUCAAGAGAGAGUUCAUUAUAUAGAGGCCACCAAAGAUGAGGGAAACAGACGGCUUGACUUUCGAUUCGCACAUUGA